AUCUGUUCUUGAUUCUUGAAAUAACUCGUUCUCUGAACUUCGGAAGAAAAUCCCUGGAAACGCUUUUUACUUCAUUGGAGGUUUCCGAGCUCAUCACUGUUCAGCUCUUUUCCCCUUCCUUCAGGCAAGUUUGAGGUUGUGAUCAAGAAAAUGGAGUCAACAAAUCCUGAAGCAGAAAAGUACAGAGAAUUUAUGGAAAAGGUGGAGCGGACUGUUUACAUCGAUACACUCCCACCACAAGCUAAUGAAUCAGUGCUGAAAACUGGGUUAGAUCAGUUUGGCGAUGUCAAGAAUAUAAGCUUCAUCCCGAACUACAUGGAUCCCAGGAACAGCAUGCGUUGUGCAUUGGUUGAGAUGAAGGACCCUAAUCAGGCAAAAAAUGUCAUCAAAACGCUGACUGAUUCCCCGUUCAUGAUUGCUGGCAUGCCAAGGCCAGUGAGGGUGCUUCCUGCUGAGCUGGAGAUGUUUGAUGACCGUCCAAGAAAGCCCGGCAGGAAAAUAACAUUCAAGUGGUUGGAAGCAGACCACCCAGACUUGAAGGUCGCGAAAGACAUGAAGCGUGCUGUUGUAAGGCAUGCUACUGAAGCUGCAUUGGCCCAUAAGCAACAUCUGGAGGAAGAAGAGAAGCUGCAUAAACAGCAAGUGGAGAUCCUGAAAGCUAAUUACAAGAAGUAUGAGGUGGUGGAUGGUGUGAUAAGCGACGGGACAGCUCAGCGUGUGGCGAAGAGAUACGGUAUGAGAGUUGCAGAUGAUUAAUCAGGUCCUCUAAAGUGAUGUAUGCAUACAGUAGUAGUUCCAGUUAAACUUACAGCAGCUUGAGUUAGAAGUUAAAAAGCCUGAUCUUAGGUUAUGAUUUGUAUGAACAGCAGCAGCGGUUUAGGUAAAUUACUGAUCUUGUUCCAGUUAUGCAUACAACAGCAGUACAUACAUAGCAGCAGGCUUAUUACAUACUCAUUACACUCUAAACUAUCAUUGAACAAA